UUUUGUGUGGACUACUUUUGAGGAAUACAUAAGUAUUUACACCAUGGAACUGGGAAAGAACGUCGGCAUUGAAAACAAAACGGAGCUCUUCAUUCAGACCUCCCAUCUUCUCUCCUAUUCUGAGAAAGUUGAGCACACCGUCAUCACAGACCUUGCAGCAGAAGUUAACUGCUCUGGUUUUGGCCAGGCAUGUUCUAUAAAUGUCUCAGAAUUACAGUUGUCAGAGGGAAGUUUACCUUAUUUAGCUUCAUCUUUAGAUGCAGAUCUUGAAAUGUGUAAUGAAGAGAGAGCAACAGUUUGCUGUGCAUGUGGAUGUAAAAGGGAGAAAGAAGCUGGGAUGCCAGGAGGGGCGUGCAACGAUAUGCAUUUUAUUUACAGGGCUGGUGAUGAUUACAGACAAGGUGAUUUGAGUGAAGAUUCACAGCUGGAGUAUGUCAGUGGUGACGAGCAAGAGUAUUAUGAGAGGAAUAGCUCAAGUGAGUUCUGUAAGCCAAUGAAAACUGUAGGAAUCAAAGCUUCACAGUUGUUAGAUACGGUUCAUGAAGUUCCAGGCAGUGGUGCCAGAAAGGAGCACGAUCUUGUUAACAUGCUGGAAGGUUGUUCUACCUGUAAAUACUGCAUAGGAGCAGCUGUGUCAGACCUUCCCCAAGAGCUUCAGGACUGUCUGUCCCUGCCAGUUUGCAAAGACCUGAGUUGUGAUUGUGAAGAAGAGCAAACAGAGUAUCAUAGUGUUCUUUCUGAAAAUACACUUGAAAGUCGUACUUGUGGGAGUAGAGAAAGGUCUUAUCCAAAUGUGUCUGUAAAUGAUAUUUUAGAAAAUGAAGAGGUAAAAGACAGUUCUUCAGUUGUUGGCACACAGUUGACCAGAAUGGCUAUAAAUGAAAAGACGGUGGAAAAAAAGGAUAUACGUGUUCAAAGCAUCGCCGUGAAGCAGGAAGGAUUCCCUGCAGUAGCCACUCAACUUUGCAGAAGUGCAGGUGAAACUAAUCCUCACAGAUGUGAUGAAUCCAUCACAUGUGCUGUAGGUACCAGCUGUGUCAGAUGUGCUUGGCAGGGUGCCGAAACCCAGUGUCCAGUCCUUGAAAUUAAUGCUAGAGAAAAUCCCUCGUUUGACCUGGAAGUUGUGGACAUACCUAGUGGCAACGUGAGGUAUCUGAACCCAGAACUGGAGAGGUGUGCAAACUUGGAGAGUGCUACCAGUGACUGCAAAGUUACCAUUAACCAGACUGUUGAUGCAAGUUCUGAUUUCAGAGCUUGCUUUACAACCAGCAGAGCUACCAGUGCCCAGGCUUGUCUGGUCUCUAGGGCUGUUAAUACAGGUAUAACAAUGAUGAACAAAUCCAGACCCGUGGAAUGGCGCCGUGAAAUCUGUGCAGAUGUUGCUUGCAAUACUGACUGGUCUUGGGUGUCUGAUAGUAGAGAAGAAACUUGGCCACAGUUUGCUGACGUAUUGGGAAAACAUUUAGAGGGCAAUACUGCGACAGCUGAGACUUCACAAAUUCAGGAUCCAUGGGAAUCACAAAAGGAGCCGGGUAGCGCUGCCAGGCCCCUGUACCUUGAGAAACAAUCUGUGAAGGACUCGAUCUACUGCAGAAAAUUACUGUGGAGAGCUAUUCAAGCAGAGCUGCAGGUUCUAAACAUGCAUUAUCAGAUGUGUUGCCAUCACUGCUAUGAGAUUAACAAACUGAUGUUGGAGGAAGAAAAAGGUUUUGACAGAUGUAUUAAAAAUGGUUUUGCUGGCACAGAAUUAAAUGCAUCUCUCCUGUUGGUUUUGGAAGAGCUAAAAAAGAGUUAUGAGACUAUGAAAAAGAAAAUAGAAAUGGGCGUACCAUUAAAUGCACUUCCCUCUCUAUCAGUUGAGACAAGAUUAUUCACACUCUUUUCUUCUUAUGUACCAGGCAAGGCAUAUGGAGUGGAUCUUUUUCAUGAUUCCACUUCAGGUGGGAGAAAAACAGACUUUGAAGAAUCAAAACGGCAAGAGAUGAAAACUUCUGUCAGUGCGUAUAAUCCUCAGAUGGUACGUUCAGCUGGUGGCAGUCAGCCAAGACACUCUACUACUUCUAAGACAUUAGAAGACUACCAUAAAGAUGAGGAUAUAGAAUAUGAGUGUAGAAAAAAUGAAGAAAUUAAUGAAUAUUGGUUUGAUGCUAAAGAGAACUUGCCAGCAACGGAUUUUUCAGCGACAUUUGAUGAAAAACAAGAAGAAAAACAAGACACAGAUAGUCUAAGAGAAAUGAAGAUGAUGGAGAGAACCAGUGAGGUUUUUUUCGUUCUUGUUGGAGGAUUAAGUUCUUCAGUGUCAGAGGGCGAUUUAAGAUCAUAUUUCCAGAAAUAUCAAGUUAACAAUAUUCUUAUCUAUAUGGAUUCUGCUGACUACAGAUAUGCAUUUCUUUGCUUUAAUGAUGCUAAUAAAGCCAAGUUAGCUGUAGAAGAAAUGAAUGGGAAAGAAAUAAAAGGAAAGACAGUAAGCGUUGAACUUGUAAAAAAUGCAUCGGGGAACAGAGCUUCAGUUUUUCAGAGCCUUUUGACUAAGUUUUGGUAUGAAAUCCAAUCCAUUAACACUCAAAAUAGUGGUCAAGAUAAAACAUUCCCCUUGGCUUCCAAUUCUGUGAAAGCAUCAGCUGCCACCUCUGCUCCUGAGAAGGUGCUGCUGCUUCCCACAGCUUCUUCAGAAAUUACUCACUGUACCCCAGCCUCUUCAAAAACGAAGCACCUGGAUGUGAAAUCAUCUGCUGAAGGCUCAGAACAGUCUUUGGCUGGAGUAAAUCAAAAGGAUACUGAAGAGAAUUCUAUGCAGAAAACAUCUGCCCUUUACUUCUCUGAUUCACUUGAUACGUUUAUUCCUCCUAAUACAUUGAACUUGAGCAGCUUUACCAAGUUAAUGAAGAAACUUCAAGAAAUUCAUCCGGAGACUAGUAGGGAGAAAAUUAUAGAUGCUCUGCUGCAGGUGAGAACAAAUAAUAAAGGUAUUCUGAGUGGCUUGUCCAUAAACUCCAUUGUGAAAAGGACCUCUCUGAUUCUAAGAAAAUCCAUGUCCAAGAGUGGAGGGAAAAAGGAAUAAAAAUAAGCAGUUUUCUGAUAGUGAAGAAUUGAACGUCUCACUUGGAAGAUUUUUGUCCAUCCUAUAUGCUGGCUUGUCCCGGGAUCAUAAUGUGCUUCUUGCUUGUUUUAUUUCAGCAGAGCUUCAUGAAAAUGGGGCAGCAUUGCAUGAUUUGCUGUCUUAUCCAAGACAAAAUAACUUGAAGAUCAAUUUAGAUGUAUUUUGGGAUGUUUUUCUGUAUAUGCAGAUCUUAAACGGUGCUUCCCAGUAUUUUGUUCUCCACCUGCAGUUGUCAAGCAUUCCACAAAAGGCUUCUGAGUAGUAUGAUUCAAGGAGUACGUUUCAGUGUAAGCUGGAAGCACGCUUCUGUGCCUGGUUAUCACUGAAACACACAGCCCCUGUAAUUCUUACGUGCCUCUUAGUUUGAAGCAUUAGGGUAGCUGGUAGGAUGGUUCAAAGUGGUACACAUUUCAUAAAUUGCCAACACUUUUAAGUUCUUCAGAAAUAAUUUCAUCUUGAUCAGUUUGUAGGA